CUUCAAGCAAGAAGCCACAACAAGAUAUCACGCAAAUCCGAACUAAAUCACAAUCAUGGCAGACGGUAUUGAUCGCAAGGCUGAUGAGAGGAUGGAGUUCACGACCUCCAAGGACGUAACCGUCGCACCGACGUUCCAAGACAUGCAUCUCAAAGAGAACCUCCUCCGUGGUAUUUACGCAUACGGCUACGAGUCUCCUUCUGCCGUCCAGUCCCGAGCAAUCGUGCAAAUCUGCAAGGGCCGCGACACCAUCGCUCAGGCGCAAUCUGGUACAGGAAAGACAGCUACUUUCUCAAUCAGCAUGCUGCAAGUCAUCGACACCGCGGUCCGCGAAACCCAAGCCCUCGUCCUAUCGCCUACCCGAGAACUUGCGACCCAGAUUCAGUCGGUUGUGAUGGCCCUGGGAGAUUAUAUGAAUGUUCAAUGUCAUGCUUGUAUUGGAGGCACCAAUGUUGGAGAGGAUAUUCGCAAACUUGAUUAUGGACAGCAUAUUGUUUCUGGCACACCUGGGCGAGUUGCCGAUAUGAUCCGCCGACGGAAUCUUCGAACCCGCCAUAUCAAGAUGCUCGUCCUUGACGAGGCUGACGAAUUGCUGAACCGGGGCUUUAGAGAGCAAAUCUAUGAUGUCUACCGCUACCUCCCUCCUGCGACUCAGGUCGUCGUCGUUUCCGCUACCCUCCCAUACGAUGUCCUCGAUAUGACUACGAAAUUCAUGACUGACCCCGUACGCAUUCUGGUCAAGCGUGAUGAAUUGACUCUGGAAGGUCUCAAGCAGUACUUCAUUGCUGUUGAGAAGGAAGAAUGGAAGUUCGACACGCUCUGCGAUCUCUAUGAUACCCUUACCAUCACACAAGCGGUUAUUUUUUGCAACACGCGCAGAAAGGUAGAUUGGUUGACAGAUAAAAUGCGCGAGGCCAAUUUCACGGUGUCAUCCAUGCAUGGAGAGAUGCCGCAAAAGGAGAGAGACAGCAUCAUGCAAGACUUCCGCCAGGGCAACUCGAGAGUCUUAAUUUCUACCGAUGUUUGGGCUCGUGGUAUCGAUGUUCAACAAGUCUCGUUGGUCAUCAACUACGAUUUGCCGAGCAAUCGCGAGAAUUACAUCCAUCGCAUUGGUCGCAGCGGUAGAUUCGGACGGAAGGGUGUUGCUAUCAACUUUGUCACAAGCGAGGAUGUCAGGAUCUUGAGAGAUAUUGAGUUGUACUACUCAACUCAGAUUGAUGAGAUGCCAAUGAACGUUGCGGAUCUCCUUACCUAAUUUGGGUGAAGUGAUUUGAGGAAUGGGAAUCAAGUGCGAAAGUAAACAGCUGCGUGCAUGGGCACGUCAGGGCACGUAGCUACGUGGGAGGAAAAGGCAAAGUCUACAAAAACCUGAAAUUAAAUCGCAAUUUUUCUUUCUCCAGAGCUUAGGAUGGAUGGACAGCAAGCCGAAUUCCGAUUAUGUUCACAAUACCAAGCAAUACCACCUCCUGUUUGCAGUUCUAAUACCUUCAACGUGACACGUCCAUCCCCGACCAAGAAAUGUAGACCCACUCCAAUCGCUAACGCGAGCCAAAAUUCAGACCCGCGAAAUCACCUCAACAGGGAUCUCGCUUUCUAGCUCCAUCUCCAAGGUAUACCCAACCUCA